AUGACAAUACUGAAGGGAAAAGGCUUGAAGAGCCACAAAAGACAUGGUGACUCUACCUCACGCAUUCGAUUAGCAGAUGAUCAUCAAGACUCAUCUAUUGAAUUGCGCAAUGUCGACAACUAUCAGCCCGACGACGAGAUCAAAGCAUCUUUCCGGUCUUUGUUCACAUUCACGACGAAAAAGCAUACCUUCAAUAUAGUUUUUUGUAUCAUUUUCGCAAUUGUGAGCGGUGUUCUAAAACCGAUAUCGGCAAUCUUUUAUGGAAAUAUAUUUGGGUCUCUUAUCAAUUAUGGAGGCGGUGUCAUUACAGCACAGGAGACAUUACAUCGAGUCUCGAGAUGGUGCAUAGCUAUUUCCGUACUUGGAGGUGCAGUAUGGUUAUUCGAAGGCCUAUUUCUGUGCUCGUGGAUGGUGUUUGGAGAACUCCAAGCGAGAAGCGUCCGUGAGAAAAUGUUUGCUGGCAUGCUGGAGAAGGACUUGGAAUGGUUUGAUCUGCGUAAAGAUGGUAUUGGAUCAUUACUGAUUCGAAUUGAAACUCAAAUUCGAGAGCUUCAAUUGUCUACAUCCCAACCUCUUGGAUUCCUUCUAUUUGAGACUGCUGGCGCCGUAGCAGCUCUUGGGACCGCCUUCUUUUACUCUUGGAAUCUGACUCUUGUAAUUAUAGCAGGAUUUCCGAUUGCUGGUGGGAUACUCUAUCUUAUCUCUAAGAAAAUGGGCCCUGCCAUCGAAGCCCAGAAAAGGGAGCUGUCACAAGCUUCAAAAUUCACAAAUACUGCCAUCACAGCAAUUGAUACCGUCAAAGCAUUCAAUGGACAAGAUCAGGAGGUUUGGCAAUAUUUCUUGGCAAUCAAAAGAUCCACCGUUUGUUACAUGAUACAAGCCAGGUCAAAUGCAAUUCAAUUCGGGAUUACGAAAUUUGUCAUGGUAGCAAUAUUUGUCCAAGGCUUCUGGUAUGGUAUCUCUUUAGUCGAUCAUGGACUAGAUGCCGGCAAAGUUCUUACGACUUUUUAUUCUUGUUUGACUGGGAUGAUGGCUAUAGAAGUUGUCUUACCACAAUGGCAUGUUUUGGCAAAGGGAAUGUCGGCGGGGGCCACUCUCAAGUCUAUCAUGAAUCAAGUGGACCGAGGAGGAAUCGCGAAUAAAACAGAAGAGUCAGUAACACCGGAAAAUUGCAGUGGUGAUAUCGAAGUGAACGAUGUUACAUUUGCAUAUCCUUCGAAUCGACAACAAAAUGCUCUCACCAAGGCGACAUUCUUCUUUCCUGCGGGCGAAACAACGUUUGUAGUUGGUAAAAGUGGUUCCGGAAAGAGUACACUGGGAAACUUAUUGCUCAAAUUUUAUGAGCCACAGGAGGGUAGUAUCUUAGUAGAUGGCCAACCUAUACAGGAUCUCGACACCGAUUGGCUGAGACACAACAUUACGCUCGUCCUACAGCAGAGUGUCGUUUUCAACGAGACAGUCAGGAAGAACAUAGAAUUCGGCAAGGAAGGAGCAACGAAUGAAGCCGACAUCAUGAAUGCCUGUUCUGCAGCCAGUUUAGAGCAAGUGAUUGCCGAUCUCCCUGAUGGUCUUGAUACUAUGAUCGGUUCGAAGGAGAGACAAUUAAGUGGUGGGCAAAAGCAGCGGGUCGCAUUGGCUAGAGCUAGAUUACGGGAUGCACCAAUCCUCAUUCUCGACGAAGGAACGAGCGCUCUUGAUCUUACCAAUAGACUCAAGAUUAUGAACAACAUUCGAGAAUGGCGUAAAGGAAAAACGACAAUCAUUGUAACACAUGACAUCUCACAGAUCUUGGAUGAUGAUUAUGUCUACGUCAUGGAACAGAGUAAGGUUGUCCAGGAAGGAUAUCGCAGAAAACUUUCUGCGAAAGCUAAUGGCACCUUCGCCACAUUUUCGCCGCUCCCAGAUGCGCCUGUUGAGCAACCCAUAGAUUUGUCGGACAUGAGAAGGAACUCAGACCCUGGAACACCACUAUCUGGGAGUUUCGAAGAGUUCGUCCAAGAAUUAACCCCUCGCUUUUCCACCAUGUCCACACUGUAUAGUCCAAAUGCAGCAAAUCGCCGCUCUUUGGAUAUGUCAAACAAGCGUCUGUCUCUUAGAUACGCAUCCAUAUCUUAUGCUAAUGACUUGCGAUCAAAUGAUAUUUGGACAUCAAAAAUCAACAGCCCAAGUUCAAGAUUCGACGACUUUCAGAGACCUACCUCACGAUUUCAAAAGUUUCAAGCGUCAGAUGCAAGAUCGUCUAUAAAUUCCACGCCACCGCCGAGAUACCAAGAGGCAAGAUUUCAAUCCAUCGCAGAACAUCCCGAGAGCAGACAGAGCUUCAACAGGCAAUCUUCAAUUCAACGACCUAUCAGCUUGAAACCAGUCGAGACAGACCGGGACUCUAAAAUCGCCCCCAUAGAUUCUCUUUUGGAAUAUUCCGACUCCACCGAGAACGCGGAAGAGUCCAAGCCAAAGGAAGAAACAAAGCAUGAAAAACCUGAUUCCUUAACCAAGAUAUUGAAGACCGUUUGGCCAAUGCUGAAUAAAAGGGAACGUAUGAUUCUUUCAAGUGGAUUCUUUGCUGCAUUCAUCGUGGCAGUUGCAACACCAGCAUUUGCUGUCAUAUUCGCCAAACUUCUUGAUACAUUCUACCAAACAGAUAAUCGAAGCUCAAACGCCAUGAGAUGGUCACUCUCAUUACUCGGAGUUGCGAUAAUUGAUGGUACGGCAUGCUUUUGCUCACAUUAUGCUCUGGAACAUGCUGGACAAGCCUGGGUGAGUGCUUUACGUGUAGAAGCACUGAAAAGAAUUCUUAGUCAACCAAAAUCUUGGUUCGAAGAAUCUAGGAAUUCUUCCGGUCGACUGAACGAAAUCCUGGAUAGAAGCUCCGAAGAAAUGCGCAAUCUUGUUGGUCGCUUUGCUGGCAUCGUCUUCACGGCAUUUUGGAUGUUGUUGAUAUCAAUCAUAUGGGCAUUUGUGAAUACAUGGAAACUCACACUAGUCUCGAUGGCAUGUGGCCCUGUCAUAUACGCAGUCACCAAAGUUUUCAAUCGCGUGAGUGGGAAAUGGGAAAACAAGUGCAACUACGCAUCCGAAAUGACGACUAGUAUAUUCUCAGAAACCUUUUCCAACAUCAAAGUUGUACGGGCGUUCACUCUGAAAACAUAUUUUCAAACUAAGCACACCAAAGCCACCAAAGAACUGUAUAAAAUUGGAAGGAUACGAGCAAAUUACUCGGGAAUGCUUUGGGGACUCACAGACGCCGUGACCUUCUUCAUCACUGCCACCAUCUUCUACUACGCCACUGUCCUCAUUACCAAAAAUGAGAUCAGUGUAGCCACAGCACUGCAAACAGUCAAUCUACUACUCUUCGGCAUUUCAAACAGCACCAAUAUGCUGGCCAUGAUACCGCAAAUCAACUCUUCUCGCGUUACCGCUACCCAUAUGCUCGAAUUAGCCAACCUCGAUUCUUCUUCCUCCCACGAAAAUAAAGGAACGGAACGACUCUCUUCCAUCUUCCCAAUUAAAUUCGACCGCCUUUCAUUCACGUACCCUGCCCGUCCGGAAACACGAACCCUUUCAUCUAUUUCUAUAUCCAUCAGCCCCAACUCAACAACCGCACUUGUCGGCCCUUCCGGUUCGGGGAAAUCCACAAUAGCUGCCCUCCUCAUCGGUCUCUACCCACCCGAUACCUCAGUACCUCCACCCUUAACAUUCAAUCGCGUCUCCAUAACCAAUUGUCACAUCCCGUCUCUCCGAGCCUCUAUCUCCCUAGUCCCACAAACACCCAUUCUUUUCCCCGCCACCAUCCUGCACAAUAUUAUCUAUGGUCUCCCAGAAUCUUCAUCCUGUGCUAAUCUCCCAUCUGCAAUUGCAGCUGCGAAAGAUGCGGGGAUCCACGAGUUUAUUACUUCGCUUCCGCAGAGCUAUAAUACGACGGUAGGAGAUGGGGGCCAGGAAUUAUCGGGGGGACAGGCGCAGAGGAUUGUGAUAGCGAGGGCAUUGGUGAGGAAACCAAAGUUGUUGAUUUUGGAUGAGGCGACGAGUGGGCUGGAUGGAGGUAGUGCGGAGGUGGUUAGAGAGACGGUGCAGAGGUUGAGGAAGAAGGAGGGGAUGGCUACCUUAGUUGUUAGCCAUACGGUUGAGAUGAUGAAGAUGGCCGGACGGGUGGUGGUGAUGGAAGAGGGGAAGAUAGUUGAGAAGGGUGGGUUUGAGGAGUUGAAGAAUAGAGUUGGUGGUAAGUUUGGGGCGUUGAUUGGAGAGGAGCCGGGGGAUAACGCGAUGAGGGAGGAUGAAAAUGAUAUUGGGGAGGGUAGUAGUAAGGCUGGUGGUGCUAGUAGGGAAAGUGGGUUGGGGAUUAGUAUCCCUGGGUAUGAGGAGGUGGAUAUUGAGCAUGGAAGGGAUACGCCUGUUAGAGAUGGAAGGAGAAGAGAAACUUGGCUGCGGCCGAGCAAUCGCUGA